AUGGGUGAGAUAAAUAAUCAAAAUAAUAAAAUCAAUCAAACAAUAACUGCUGUAACGACUCUUGUCGAAUCACCAAAACCGAUCUCACCAAUUGAUGAUGAUUCACCUACUGAUUUACCAAAUGAUAUACCAGACGAUGUACCUGUUAAACCAAUCGAUCCUGUUUCAUCCCCAAUUAUUACUACUCCCAAGACCCCUAAGACCCCUAAGACCCCUAAGGUCGAAUUAUCUCCAAUAAUUCCUCGACAGACGAUCUCAAAAUCAAUAAAUGACGGUCUUUCUCUUAUUUCUAAAUCUGUCAACAUGAUCGACAUGCCUAUGGAAAUAUUUAGCUAUAUAUGUUCUUAUCUGCCACCUGAUGAUUUAUUAUCACUCGUAUUAGUUUGUCAAACUUUCAGGAGAUUAUUAUGUGAUCCUACUUCUCCUAUUACUCAAUCGAUCUGGAGAACUUCUCGUGUAAAUUUUUUACCUCAUCUUCAAUUACCUCCUCCUCCUGGUAUGACUGAAAAAGAAUAUAUCGUCCUUCGUCAAUUAAGAAAAGGUUGCCAAUUUUGUCAAGAACGUGAAACCGUACUCAGUACCCUGCCUUACAUUUUUCGUGGUGCAUCUCAAGUUUAUUGGACAAAAGAUGUUUUUACUGCCAUGCAAGAAUAUUCUUCCAUCAGUGAUGAUGAUUUACUAAAUUGGAUUGAUCAGCGUCGAACAAUAGCAAAUAGCAUAAUGGAUGUGGCUCCAGGUCAUGAACGUGAAGAAAAUGAUGAAUUACAAUCAAGUAUGUAUGCAUAUCUAUUGCAUAUCUAA